AUGAAUCUCCGGCAAGGUCUUAAGCAAUGUUCUAUCCCAGAUAGUUCUUCUCGGUUGCUGUUGGAUAUUGUCGUUGGUGGAUUCGAUCGUUUUCAAAUCAAUUUGAUUGAGUUUUUGCAUCUCCCACUAACUAAUUAUCUUUCCAGUGAUGAAAUGCCAUGGCAAUAUUCAUCGAUGUCCAAAGAUGAUCCGAGAAUUUGUGGAACACCUAUGAAUUUUCCCGGAUUCCGUUUCUGCUCAGCUCGGUCGGCUGGUGCUUCAUAUCCUUUGUACGGGAAUGUUAGUAAUGUUUGUUCGCUGCCUCGCCAGAGGCUUGGAUACAGAGGGACAGUUCCCAUCCUCGCCGAUAUUUUCCACUCUGGUGACUUAAGGAGGGAAGCACUGUUGCAGUCCGGACAGAUGAGAACACAGCCUUCAGGUCCGUUGUUUGAAUUGCCGUUUGGUUCGGAGCAAGAGAUAGUGGUUAAUGUGUUGAGGAAAGGUCAUGCUUAUUUGUGA